AUGGAGGAGGAGGAAGAAGAUGUGAGAGAAGAUCAGGAUCAGGAAGCGGAGGAGAGGUGCCUAGGCGACAUUAAGAAAAUUGUGUUGUGGGUGAUUACUUCCUCCUCCCCCCUCCCCACCUUCCUCCCCAAAUCCUCCUCCUCCUCCCGCCUCAUCUCCUGCUCCAACCCCUCCUGCCUCUGGAUCCACCCUCCCCGCCUCCUCUCCCGCUGCCGCAUGCGCAACUCCUCCUCCCACGCCGCCAGGCCCCAACUAUGCCCUCCGUACCUCCUCCUCUACGCCACGGGAUCCACCGCCGGCCUCCUCCUCGCCGACACCCUAGCCCUGCCCUCCCGAUCCCUCCCCGGAUUCGUCCUCGGUUGCUCCCUCUUCUCCGACCGCCAGCCCCCCACCGGCCUCGCCGCCUUCGGCCGCGGCGCCCCCUCCUUCCCGGCGCAGCUGGGGCUCAACCGCUUCUCCUACUGCCUCCUCUCCCGCCGCUUCGACGACGACGCCGACGUCAGCGGAUCCCUCAUCCUCGGCGGCGGCGGCGGCGGCGGCGGCGACGGCGAUGAGGGCCUCAGCUUCGUCCCGUUCCUCCGCGGCGCCCCCUCCUUCCCCCCCUUCCCGGCCUACUACUACGUGGGGCUACGCAGGAUCACCGUGGGAGGGAGGAGGGUGCGGCUCCCGCGCAGGGCUCUCGUCCCCGACACCGCCGGAAGCGGCGGCGCCAUCGUCGACUCCGGCACCACCUUCACCUACCUCAACCCGGCGGCGUUCGCGCCCCUCGCCGCUGCGCUCCUCGACCGCGUCGCCGGGCGCCUCAACCGCUCCGCCGCCGCCGAGCGCCGCACGGGCCUCCGCCCCUGCUUCACCCUCCCCCAAUCCCCGCCUCGCGCCCCCACGGCGGCGGCGGCGGAGCUCGGGCUCCCGGAGCUCGCGCUUCACUUCAAUGGUGGCGUUGACAUGCGGCUCCCCGUCGAGAACUGCUUCGUCCUCGCCGGGCCCGCCACGGCGGCGGCCGAGGCGGUAUGCCUCGCCGUCGUCUCCGGCGACGACGGCGGCGGAGCGGGGCCGUGGAUUAUACUCGGGAGCUUUCAACAGCAAAACUACUACAUGGUGUACGAUUUGGAGAAGGACCGACUAGGGUUUCGCCCACAGUCGUGUUCUGGGGCGUAGCGCGGGAUUAAUUAAACGGCCUAACGGUUUCAUUAA